AUGGCCAUGGCAACUCUAGUUUGGUACUGGAUUGGCCUACAAGGCAAAACAUUUGUGUGGGGGUUGCCAGAGGCUUGGCAUUCCUACAUGAGGAAUCCAUCCUCAGAAUGGUUCAUAGAGACAUCAAGGCUGCAAAUGUACUCCUUGAUAGACAACUUACUCCAAAGAUCGCUGAUUUUGGCUAAGCCAGGCUAUUUUUUGAAAACCGCACCCAAGCGCGCACUGCUCCCUCUGGAAAGCUUUGGGGUUCUUGCAAUGGAAAUUGUAGCUGGCACGCGCAACGUAUAUCCUCCAACAGAUGAUCUAGAGUAUUUAACUAUUGUUGAAAAGGCUACUGCUUUGCGACAACAAGAUGAGAGUUUGAUAGACUUGAUCGAUCCAAGAUUGGGAUCACAUUUUGAUGCUGAAGAGGCACUGAGAAUGAUCAGAAUCGCUCUGUUAUGCACUAAUAAUAACCCGAAUGAAAGACCUUUGAUGUCAGAGUUAGUGAACUUGCUUCAAGGAAAUAUAAAUCUACAAGAUAAUAGAGUCAGAUCUCCAGUCAGAUCUCCAGAGACUUGCCAUGGUGAGUUCUCGAAUCUCGUGCUCUCUCCAAAGACUUACCAUGGUGAGUUCUGGAAUCUCGUGCUCUCCCCAGAGACAUACCAUGGUGAGUUCUCUAAUCUCGUGCUCUCUCCAGAGACUUACCAUGGUGAGUUCUGGAAUCUCGUGCUUUCUCCUGAGACUGGCCAUGGUGAGUUCUCUAAUCUCGGCUCUAUCCAGAGACUUACCAUGGUGAGUUCUGGAAUCUCGUGCUCUCUCCAGAGACUUACCAUGAGACUUACCAUGGUGAGUUCCUCUAAUCUCGUGCUCUCUCCUGAGAGUGGCCAUGGUGAGUUCUCUAAUCUCGUGCUCUCUCCAGAGACUUACCAUGGUGAGUUCUCUAAUCUCGUGCUCUCUCCAGAGACUUACCAUGGUGAGUUUUGGAAUCUCGUGCUCUCUCCUGAGACUUUCCAUGAGACUUACCAUGGUGAGUUCUCUAAUCUCGUGCUCUCUACAGAGACUUACCAUGGUGAUUUCUGGAAUCUCGUGCUCUCCCCAGAGACUUACCGGGGUGAGUUCUCUAAUCUCGUGCUCUUUCCAGAGACUUACCAUUGUAAGUUCAAGAGUCUCGUACUCUCUCCUGAGACUCACCAUGGACAGUCUCAGGAGAGAGCACGAGAUUCCAGAACUCACCAUGGUAAGUCUCUAAAGAGAGCACGAGAUUAG